GGAAACAAUUCAACGAGAUCAGGUGAUUCCUUCGUAAAUCUGGGUAGUGUCACUGAGUUGUACUGUUUUCUGAAUCUAGGGUACACUUUUUCGACUCUGUUCUGGUACCUGCUCCUUCACUCACAUUGCUAGCACUGGACUUUUCUGACUAACCCCGCAGUAUCGUUUCGCAGGAACUGGAGCUCAUCGCAUACCUGUGGACAAUUGGGCAACUCAGAUUAUCUGGGACAUAUUUGGCUUAGAGCCCCUGAAAAACUGGCUUGGCAAGAUAACGUUAUUCGAAAGGCUCCCUUCGGCGAUGGGAAGCCGGCGAGCAACCCCUUUGCUCAAGAAGUGCACAAAACUUGGCGGAGGCUCCCUUUACGACAAGCGACAGACUCAAAGUGAGGUAAAGGAUAUAUCACGGACUCUUAGCUUUGGGUUACUUGAACACAUCCGUGCCACCCUCCUUGAUGUGUCCGAGGGCAUUCAGCAAACAGGUCAAGUGGACCCCAUUACUUACGACAUGGCUGGCGUCCCUUCCUCAGUACAAGAAAUAGAGGCACUCCAAGCGACACUCCAAACAACAGAGGACGAAGAUGAACAACUAGCGCUGGAGGAGGACAUAACAGGAAAGAUCCUGUGGCUACAUUGGCGUGGAAUCUACUCAGAAGUGAGCCAACGAUUAGCUACAGUCGCAAGCUCCGAGGUGACGUUGGAUGUCCCUACUCGCGAGGGUGCGCGCGAAAUUGCAGAGAUUAUUAAAAGAACGCCACGUGUAGAACUGGAUGACGAUAUGGCCCACCUGCAGCGGAUCAUGCUGGAUGCGCGCGCAGGUAUAUCGAAAUAUGAAUCAUGGCUUGCUGCCCGUGCUGCAGGGCAAACUGUGUUGUCCAGAGACAAUAACAAUUAUACUAUCGAUUGUUCAGCAAACACCGGAUAGUGGGGGUGGAAUCGUUUGACGAAGUUCAACCUGUACAAGAGGAUCAUGAUGUUGAUGGUGGUAACUUCGAGGGCUCUAACACUUGACUGAGUGAGUCCUUGUUAAGACUAAUCGCGGAUGCAUCUGUCUCGGUUGUCAUACAGCUGCAAAUUUAUGUAGUCUAUGUACAAAUUGCCAUACCUACUGUGGACUGAUUUACUCAACGAGAUGUCUCGGGAUGUCAUUUUUAAUGGAGGGUGUGAUGGUGGAAAGC